AUGGCCAAGAGAGUUCGAGAGCUGGAGGAGGAGGAGACGAGUUCAGCUGUAGAGCAAGAGGCUAGGGGGGUACAAACAAAAGUCAUCCAAACAGACCAAGUCAUCACUGCUGCAGAGCAAGAGAUCAAGGGAGUAGUGGACGAGAUCAAGGGAGUAGUGGACGAGAUCAAGGGAGUCGAGGACGAGAUCAAUGGAGUAGUGGAAAAGAUCAAUGGAGUCGAGGACGAGAUCAAGGGAGUAGUGGACGAGAUCAAGGGAGUAGACCAAACCAUGGCUGCUGUAGAGCAAGAGAUCAGCCAGGCACAAGACCCCAAUAUGAAGCCUGUCUUGAUCAUGAAGCAAACGAAGCUUGAAGGUGAAAAGCAACAGCUUGCGGCCAGAGAGAAACGGCUUCGAGGUGACAAGAGACAGCUUGGAGUUAGAGAGAGACAGCUUAGAGUUAAAGAGAGACAGCUUCGAGAUGACAAGGCAAAGCUUCGAGAUAAAGAGGCAAAGCUUCGAGAGGAAAUGAAGGAAAAGAAGCAGGCAGCCUUUACCUGGACAGAGUCAGAAGCUCGGCUUGACGGUAUGGGGUUUUGCAAGGAGGAGAAAUACUUCCGUCUAGAUUGCUCUUACUUAUGGGGCACAAAUGUAAACAGCGGAGAGCAUCUUCUUCUCUACUGCCGAAAAGCAUUCCUGGAGCAGUUCCGUUUCCUGCAAGAGCAAGUGCUAGAGCAUGGUGCUCUUGGAUGGAUACAAGGCUCUCCAGGAACAGGGAAGACAACAACAACGCUUUCGUUUUGUAUGAAGCUGGAUAGGAAUGAGUGGAGCUUCAAAUGCAUCAGGCUGAAGGCCAGAAGCAACACUUGUGUCGUGGAGGUGACAGGCAACAAGAGAAGAACAUGCUCAUUCGCAAAGGAGUCUGAGGGGAAACAGAUGACACUGUUGCUUGAAGGGUUGUCAGACGGCAAAAGGAGCCUCGUGGUACUCGAUGGCUACUUGACACACCAAGAAUCUCACAUGAGAGCUUUGGUAGCUUGUAUCAGAUGGCGGGAUGCUGACAGGCAGAAUCGACGUCUUGUGGUGGUGACGUCAAUGGCUUCUCGAGGAAAGGUCUACGAUGAAGAGGAUCGAGAGUUGAGGCUGAAGGAGCACAUAGUCCCAUCAUGGAGGAUCGAUGAAUAUCUAGAGGCAGUGCAGUUUGACGAGUUUUACAAUAAGGUGGCUCCCACCUUGGAGAUGAAUGCGACAGGAGAGGCUUUGGGUUUCAAGAUGACUACACGGCCGAGAUCGAAAGAAGAGCGAGUGAGACAUAAGCACUACCUCGCAGGUGGGUCAUGUCGGUACAUGUUCGACAUGACUGCGGCGGAGGUCCUUCGGUCCUUGGAUGUUGCGCUUCUAUGUGCUCCAAACUUACAAGAUCUUUUUCGGGGCCAUGUAGGCGCUUCCUCGGGGGAUAUGACGAACAGGCUGAUUGCUACUAUGGUCACUCAGGAGAAGGUGGUCAGGUUUCCUGUGAGCAAGUACGUAGCCAGCAAUCUUGCGGCGUCCGCGGGUGCGGUUGACAUGCUGAGAAGAAUGUUGACGGCCUUUAGAGGCCUGCGAGCCAUGCAUGGGUAUCUUUUGGAGAUGCUCUUUUUCGAGGAAGUGAGACGAGACCUGAGCAUAACUUACCGUGGAUCGAGUGAGCCUGAAGUUUUGAAAGCAUGCAAUCUCGUUGUAAUCUUCGAUCCGUCACAAGACACGGACUCUCUUCCCCACACGAGGGUGUGUCUCAAGCCUAUCAGUGAAUUUCAAGGUGGCUGGGACGCAAUCAUUGUAGAUCAGGAUGACAAGGUCGUGCAGUUUUUUCAGCUGACGGUUGCGAAGGAUCACUCUCUCAAGCUCUCGUAUUUCUUGACUGCUCUUAAGGCUCUGGGGAUUCCUGCAGGUGAGAUAUGGACGAUAAGGAUCGUUUUUGUCGUCCCGCCGGAGGAUGGAAUGUUGUUCCGAAUAGCCUCUGUCAAGGAUGAAGGAGCGCUAGAGCAGUACAUGUGGAAGAAAGGGGAGGAGCGGUCGAUGGUCCAGGUGGCGAGUAUUGAUUUCAAUCGAGGGUUCGUUGGUUAG